AUGGCUAACACGGUAGUCCCCAAAGGCAACACCAGUGCAGAGAAUGAUCGCUCCAGUUCCAACCUCGACAUGGACCCUUACGCUGACGAAUCAAUCUUGGAAAUUGGAAAGACGGUGCCCAUAACACAUGAUGCAGAUCUCGCCAGUCUCGAAGAUGUCUCUCGGGAUCUCCGAAAAGACCCGGAAGCUCGAGCAGCGUUUCUUGCGACAUUCACCGCCGACGAAGAAAAGGCUAUUAUGAACGAAGUUGACAGAAGAUUCUUCGUCCUCAUAGGCAUCAUGUUCAUGGUCAAGAAUAUCGACUUUGGAAACAUCAGCAUCAUCAAAACCAUGCAGGCUGGUUCGGAUUCCAACAUAAUUUCGGAGCUGAACAUGACACCUGAUGACUACAAUUGGGUUGCUACCAUUCAAGGAAUUCCCUACAUCAUCUUCGAAUUGCCGAGCAACCUCCUUCUCAAGUACAUGACGCCUCAUGCCUGGGAAUCCCGCAUAUUUCUCACGUGGGGCAUAGUCACGGCGUGCUGCGGCGCAGUGAACACCAAGUCACAGAUACUAGCCCUGCGGUUUCUCGUAGGCAUGUUCGAAGCUGGCAUGUUCCCGGGAGUUAUCACGACUCUCAGCUAUUGGUACCGUACGGAUGAAGUUGGUCGGCCCCUGCUGUGGUACUUCGCCAUCUCCAACCUCUCAAACAUUGUGGGAAGUCUUGUUUGCUACGGGGCAAGCUUCAUGAAUGGGAUACAAAACCUGAGCGGCUGGAGAUGGGCCUUCAUACUGGAGGGCGUCGCCACCGUCUUGUUUGCAGGCGUCAUUUUCUGGGUGCUUCCAGAUUUCCCGAAAAGCCCGAGAAGCAAUUCGUGGCUCACUCCACGCGAACAGCAGUUUCUUUAG